GAUGUGCCUGAACACCGCAGCCUGGAGUACCCCAAACUCUACGAACCGGGCCAGCUGAACCUCCUUUUCAAUAAGCGGGAAUUCUUCAUCUGCAUCGCUCAGGGCAUCUACGCCUCCAUCUUCAUGUUCUUCAUCCCGUACGGGGUCUUUAGCGACAACGCCCUCCUGGCCGACUACCAAUCCUUUGCCGUCACCGUGGCCACCUCCCUGGUCAUCGUGGUCAGCGUCCAGAUUGGCCUGGAUACCGGAUUCUGGACGGCUAUCAACCAUUUUUUUAUCUGGGGCAGCCUGGCGGUUUAUUUUGCCAUCCUCUUCGUCAUGCACAGCAAUGGCCUCUUCCAACUCUUUCCCAACCAGUUCCGUUUUGUCGGCAAUGCCCAGAACACGCUGGCCCAGCCUGCAGUGUGGCUCACCAUCGCCCUGACCACCGUGGUCUGCAUCAUUCCAGUCGUUGCCUUCCGCUUCCUCAAGCUGGACCUCCGGCCAGAACUGUCCGACACGGUGCGUUACACUCAGUUGGUUCGCAAGAAGCAAAAAACCCAGCACCGUUGCAUGGGCCGCGUGGGGCGCACGGGUUCCCGACGCUCGGGCUAUGCCUUCUCCCACCAAGAAGGUUUCGGGGAGCUCAUCACUUCCGGCAAGAACAUGCGGCUCAGCUCACUGGCCCUUUCCAGUUUCAGCGGCCGCCCCAGCACCAGUUGGAUGGAGACGUUGCGGAAGAAGAAAAACAGUGGCGGUGGCGAGCCCAACGUGCCCGACAGGGCGCUGAAAGUGUGACACAACCUCAGGGUCGACGAUGGAUGGACUCGCGUGCUAAAGGUCUCGUUCCUCCGUGAGGAUGUGAGACGAGGAGCUCGCCAAACGGGAGCAAAUCGGUUUUGGAGCCGAGAACUCAGAACCGUGGCUUGAAGUCUAAAGCUAUCGCCGUAUAACCAAACCACGUAGCCAAACCCCCCCCUCUGCUCCCCACAAUUCAAGCUGCCGGUGUAUUUGAGGUAGCUCACUCUAGCUGGUCAGCCAAUGUGGGAUAUUUAAGUGUUCCCCUCCUCGGACAGGAAACCGUAAGAGCGUUUGUGCUCUGUUUUUUUUAAUCCAGGGACAUCUCCCCGUUCGAGUAACAAGGCAUCUUUUCUCCAAAGUAUGUACGAAUCGAGAAAAUUGGGGGUGAAAGACGGGGGCUAGGACUGGGGGAGAUGUAGACCCCUCCCACUACAACCCUGUAGCCUUGUGCUUUGGGUUUGCCGUUUUGGGAAAAAAAGCAAUCUCGCCAACGAAUCUCGUUUACAAAAGAUCGAGGAUUUUCCUACUCCUCGUUGGACCUCCAGCUGGCAUUUAAAAGGCACUGGGUCAAACGUUGAGGGUGGCCAACUCCCCGAAGCCUCCACGAGGCCCACCUUACUACCAUGAAAGCAUUUGGCGUCUGAUACUCAGGUUGAAGAAAAGACUCGUCCCGCGGCAAUGUCCAAAUCUCAGCACGUGGAAAUGCAGCUCUUUUCAGUUUAAAGACAAGAGGACUGAGUGCUUUCAGACUUAUAGGAGGGGCGACCCACCUCAGAUCUUCCAAGAAGAGUUCAGGAUUUGCACCAUGUCCUUCCGGGCGUGCCUCGGAGGCUUUGGAUCUCCCGUACGAGGGAGAAAGUAAAGAGAUUUUAUUUUUU